AGAGUUCCGUCGCGGACGCUGUGAGGUCAGAGGAAAAGGCCGAGCUGAGGGUGGUGUUGGGGAGAGCUGGGAGCUGUCAGCGGCAAGCGCGGGAGUCGUUCUCCUGGCCGGAGGCGAGGCAGGCAACUCCGGCUGACUUAAGCUGGCGGGCAAAGGGCAAUCUCUGAGCUCCCGGCGCUCAAGGAGCAGCCACUUUUGUAGAAGCACCUGAAAUGCAGGGUCUGGUGCACUAAGCAAUAGCGGCAACACCAGCUCCAUCGACAGCUCUGGGGCCCUGUGUAGGAGCUCCAUCCCCUUGUCUUUGUGUCCGCCUGCGUCCCCAGACCCAGAGGUUAUCUUGGAAGAUCUAGGACUCCAAAAAUGUUUCCCUUGAAGGAUGCCGAAAUGGGUGCCUUUACCUUCUUUGCCUCUGCUCUGCCACAUGAUGUUUGUGGGAGCAAUGGGCUUCCUCUCACACCAAAUUCCAUCAAAAUUUUAGGGCGCUUUCAAAUCCUUAAGACCAUCACGCACCCCAGACUGUGCCAGUAUGUGGAUAUUUCUCGGGGAAAGCAUGAGAGACUGGUGGUGGUGGCUGAACACUGUGAACAGAGUCUAGAAGACUUGCUUCGAGAAGGGAAACCCGUGAGAUAUUCAAAGGUUUUGUGCAUAGCAUUUGAGAUACUUCAGGGCUUGCAGUAUAUGAACAAACAUGGUAUAGUACACCGGGCACUGUCUCCUCAUAAUAUCCUUUUGGAUCGAAAGGGACAUGUUAAAUUGGCUAAAUUUGGACUUUAUCACAUGACAGCAUAUGGUGAUGAUGUUGAUUUCCCAAUUGGGUAUCCAUCAUACUUGGCACCUGAGGGAAGAAAACUAUUUCAGAGUUUGGAUAUUUCUGAAAGACUAAAAUUUUUGCUUACACUGGACUGCAUAGAUGACACUAUAAUAGUUCUGGCUGAAGAGCAUGGUUGUCUGGACAUUAUAAAGGAGCUUCCUGAAAAUGUGAUAGAUCUUUUGAAGAAGUGCCUCACCUUCCACCCUUCUAAAAGGCCAACCCCAGAUGAAUUAAUGCAGGACAAUGUGUUCAGUGAAGUGUCACCUUUAUACACUCCCUUUACCAAACCUACCAGCCUGUUUUCUUCUUCUCUGAGAUGUGCCGAUUUAACUCUGCCUGAGGAUAUCAGUCAGCUGUGUAAAGAUUUAAGCAGUGAUUACCUGGCAGAAAGAUCUAUUGAAGAAGUGUAUUACCUUUGGUGUUUAGCUGGAGGUGACUUGGAAAAAGAACUUGUGAACAAGGAAAUCAUUCGAUCCAAACCACCUAUCUGCACACUCCCCAAUUUUCUCUUUGAAGAUGGUGAAAGCUUUGGACAAGGUCGAGAUAGAAGCUCACUAUUAGAUGACACCACUGUGACAUUGUCAUUAUGCCAGCUAAGAAAUAGAUUAAAAGAUGUUGAUGGAGAAGCAUUUUACCCACUACUUGAAGAUGAUCAGUCUAAUUUACCUCAUUCAAACAGCAAUAAUGAGCUGUCUGCAGCUGCCACUCUCCCUUUAAUCAUCCGAGAGAGGGACACAGAGUACCAACUAAACAGAAUCAUUCUCUUUGACAGGCUGCUAAAGGCUUAUCCAUAUAAAAAAAAUCAAAUCUGGAAAGAAGCAAGAGUCGAUAUUCCUCCUCUUAUGAGAGGUUUCACCUGGGCUGCUCUUCUGGGAGUUGAGGGGGCUAUUCAUGCCAAGUAUGAUGCAAUUGAUAAAGAUACUCCAAUUCCUACAGAUAGACAAAUUGAAGUGGAUAUUCCUCGUUGUCAUCAGUAUGAUGAACUGCUGUCAUCACCAGAAGGUCAUGCAAAAUUUAGGCGUGUAUUAAAAGCCUGGGUCGUGUCUCAUCCUGAUCUUGUGUAUUGGCAAGGUCUUGACUCACUUUGUGCUCCAUUUCUCUAUUUAAAUUUCAAUAAUGAAGCCUUGGCUUAUGCCUGUAUGUCUGCUUUUAUCCCCAAAUACCUGUAUAACUUCUUCUUGAAAGACAACUCGCAUGUAAUACAAGAGUAUCUGACUGUAUUCUCUCAGAUGAUUGCAUUCCAUGAUCCAGAGUUAAGCAAUCAUCUCAAUGAAAUUGGAUUUAUUCCAGAUCUCUAUGCCAUCCCUUGGUUUCUCACCAUGUUUACUCAUGUAUUUCCACUGCACAAAAUUUUCCACCUCUGGGAUACCUUACUGCUUGGGAAUUCCUCCUUCCCAUUCUGUAUCGGAGUAGCAAUUCUUCAGCAGCUGCGUGACCGGCUUUUGUCUAAUGGCUUUAAUGAGUGCAUUCUUCUCUUCUCUGAUUUACCAGAAAUUGACAUUGAACGUUGUGUGCGAGAAUCAAUCAACCUGUUUUGUUGGACUCCGAAAAGUGCUACUUACAGACAGCAUGCUCAACCUCCAAAGCCAACUUCUGAUAGCAGUGGAGUCAGAAGUUCAACACCUUAUUUCUCCACUGAGUGUCCAGAUCCUCCAAAAACAGAUCUGUCAAGAGAAUCCAUUCCAUUAAAUGACCUAAAGUCAGAAGUAUCACCCCGGAUUUCAGCAGAGGACCUGAUUGACUUGUGUGAGCUUACAGUGACAGGCCACUUCAAAACACCCACCAAGAAGACCAAGUCCAGUAAACCAAAGCUCCUGGUAGUUGACAUCCGGAAUAGUGAAGAUUUUAUUCGGGGUCACAUUUCAGGCAGCAUCAACAUUCCAUUCAGCACUGCAUUUACUGCGGAAGGGGAGCUUACCCAAGGACCUUACACUGCCAUGCUCCAGAGCUUCAAAGGGAAGGUCAUUGUCAUCGUGGGGAAUGUGGCAAAGCACACAGCAGAGUUUGCGGCUCAUCUUGUGAAGAUGAAAUAUCCAAGAAUCUGUAUUCUAGAUGGUGGCAUUAAUAAGCUCAAGCCAACAGGCCUCCUCACUGUCCCAUCUCCUCAAAUAUGAAGAACAAGAGUCUGGCUGUCAAAAGGACAGAGUGGCAUCACUCCCAGCAGCACAGCUCUUCACAGCCUUGCCACUCUAAGGCAGAACUAGACUUCCAGAUGGUUACAUUUCCAUUUCAAGUUUUGUCAUGAGACAUUUUUUUUUUUAAUCUCAUGACCGAAAUGUUCAGCUAUCCAGGCAACAAACUUGACUGUACAUGUAUUGCUGAAAGAAUUUUCUUAACAAUGAAAUCCGAUCAUGUAUUUUUACCACACCAACGCAAAGCCAGAAGAAUUUAACUGACGAGGCACAUUUAGCAUUAUCAAGAAGUCUCAGUUACACUGAAAAGGCUGUCUUCCAUUGCAUUGAACAGACAGCCCUAACAAAGGUAUUCUUUAGAAAUAUAGACUGAAUGUGAGCUGAAAUCAUCCUUCCAUGAUAAUGAAAACUGAAAAGCUAUUCACAAUACAUUCCUUAUAAGUAAAUGCUAUAUUUGGUAACUCAUUUUGGGCCCAGAUAUAUAUGUGUGUGUGUGUGUGUGUGUAUGUGUUUAGAAGGAGCAGAAUUUAACACUUUGGAGAAAGUAAUAACAGUUUACUUCAAGAAAAAUGAAAGUCAGAAACCAUUCAUAUUAUAUAGAAUAUUUUUCAGCUCCUGUAGCUGAGACACCCAAAAUAAGAGUGACUUAGACAAGCUAGAACUUUAUUUGUCUCUCACAUAAAAUUCUGCAUAGUCAAUCUAGGGCUAGUGUAUUGGUUUCAUUAGCAUUAAGUACUCAGGUGUCUGUUCUCAUUCUUUACCACCCUCAACACUUCGUUUCUAUCUCAUAGAUCAAGAUGGCCAUUAGCACCCACCAUCAUGUCUACAAUUUAGAAGGAAAGGAAUGAAGGAGGAGGGAGGGAACAAAAAGAAAGAGAAGGAA